AUGCGCAAAAGUAUUGUAGUAAGAUUCCAUGAUUUGGCUGGACAUUUUGCAGUGGACCGAACAGUAAGUAAAAUUAAGGAGAAAUAUCAUUUUCCACAAAUGCGCCGUUAUGUGAAAAUGCACAUCAACUGUUGUCCUGAAUGUGUGUUGAUCAAAGUUCCUAGAGGGAGGCAGCCAGGUGAACUUCAUCCUAUCACACCAGGUAAAAGGCCUUUUGAGGUGAUCAAUAUAGAUCACAUUGGUCCCUUUGUAAAGUCAACGAAGGGUAACAGUUAUAUUAUGGUAUUAAUCGAUAACCUAACUAAGUAUGUUAAGUUAUAUCCUGUAAAGAGCUGCGGCACAGAAGGAGUAGUCUCUAGUCUGCGGUCAUUCAUAUUGGUAUUUGGAACUCCAAAGCGGAUAAUUAGUGAUCGAGGAACAGCCUUCACAUCAAAAGCUUUUGAGUUAUUCUGUAUCCAGGAUGGUAUUCGACAUACCCUGAACUCAGUAAGGCACCCAUAA